ACCCAACCCAACCCGAUCCAUGUUGAUCCCAUCUUUUGCUGGCUUGCUGCUAAUGCUAUGACUGUGGCCACGAAAUCCUAGCUGGUUCGUGAAGCAGAAGCAGGGGGCAGGCACAUCUCCAAAAGAUAGGUUUCUGGAACUGGAAAUCAAUCUUCUCAAGCUGCGAAAACGAAUUACUGACGAGGGGAAGUAAUAAAAGGCUGGUUGGUAGUGUUGAAGCCCUCGAGUCGUUGAAUUCUCAUCUCAGCCUUUUACAGAAGAAGUGGAUAAGAGGUUCUCCAACAUGACUACCACAGUGUCCCUCCAGCUCUCCAAUUUCCCUCCUCCUUCCCCAUUACCUCCAUCUUUUCCGGCAACACAUUCAGCCUUCUUUCGCCGGGCUCCAUCUGGGCACGCCGGAUGGGCAAAAGGAUUGGUAGCAAAUGGCAGUGGCCGGAGGUGGAGAAACGCUGGGCCGUUGUUAGUCGGUCGAGAAGAUAUUGAAUUGCGAGUUCCAGAAGCAGAAGAAGGCGAUGAUGACGAGGACUAUGAAGAUGACGACGAUGAUGAUGAAGAAGAAGAUGUGCCGCCAUCCCCUCAGGACCUCGAAUACAUUCAAGAAAUCAAAAGGGUACUGGAGCUGCUGAAGAAGAACCGAGACAUGAUUUUCAACGAGGUUAAGCUGACUAUAAUGAUCGAGGAUCCAAGAGAAGUGGAGAGGAGGAAGAUGUUCGGUAUUGACGAUCCUGAUGCCCCUACCAGGGAAGAACUUGCUGAAGCUCUAGAAAUGGUCAAUGAGGGCAAGGUUCCCAGAAACCGCUUGGCACUCCGAAUGCUAGCAGAUGAAAUGACGAAUUGGCCUAACUUAGAGGUGGAGGUAUCAAAGAAGAGCAAGCCAACCAAAUCAUUGUACGCGAGGGUCACCGACACAGGUAUAGAUCUUAAGGAGGCUGCGAAGAGACUGAAAACCGACUGGGAUUCAGCCGCCGAGAUUGAAGAUUCUGAAAACAGUGAUGACUCAGAAGUACCUUCAGCUGUGGGCUAUGGAGCUCUAUAUUUGGUCACAGCAUUCCCUGUCAUCAUCGGUGUUUCAGUGGUACUGAUCCUAUUUUAUAAUUCUCUGCAGUAAGCAAUAGAUUCUCUUAAUCUUCCUCAUUACUACAUUUUGUAUCUACCUUCUACAUUUCUGUAUAUUAAUACUAUUCAUGGAAAAGUCAAUGGCUUAUAUGCAACCCUCAUCUCUCUGUCUUCCCCACCAUAUACUUUAUUCAUGUACCCUGCUCGUGGGUGGUGUGCCUCUAACAAUCUGUAAACAUGUAAAUCACAACUUGCUGCUCAGCUCAGGCAGACAUGGCGCCCACGUCUUGUAAAGUUCCAUUGUGCACUCACUGUAUAAAUCCAGUCCCUUACCCCCAUCCAACAUCUCCAUCGAAGCAACUCUAAGCCUGGUAAAUCUUCAACGCCAUGGCUCUCGUUGCUUCUGAUUUGGGGCAGCUUUCGGCUCCCAGGAAAAUGUUCCACAACAGGAGUGGGAUGUACGAGUACGAUCUCGAGUUCGAUGUCUGCGCAACCGCGGAGCGUUUCCACGACCUGCAGCAAAUGGAGAAGCAGAUUUCCGUCGACCCAGUGUCGCUCAGGCUGCCGCCGAUCGUGACGGCUCCCAAAAUUCCGCCGCCGUCGCCGCAGGCUAAGCCUCCGCUCAUCAGCUGCAGCCUUCCCAGCUCUCCGCGGUUCGGGUACUGGCUGAAGAAGAAAUUCAAGAACGAGAGCCAGGCCUCCCCCCGCCAAAUCGACGGCAUGGCUCGCCGGAAAGGCUCCACCGUUUACCCUCAUCAGCAGCAGCACCUCCACCAUCCCCGCCUCACGCUGGAACAGGAGAUUCACAUGCGGCGGAGCAAGUCGUGCGCCGAAGGGAGAUCGAGCGCAGCCGACGAGCUCGACAUGUGGUUCAAGAAUCCGGACGAAUCGACCACCGAUUCCGACACCAAUUCUUCCCCGAGGACGAUCUCGCCGAUGGCCAGGAAGAAGAAACACGAGGUGGAUCUCGACGAAGACGAAUUCAAAUGUGGCGCGCUCUGCCUGUACCUCCCCGGAUUCGGCGGCGGCGGUGGGAAGGCGAGGCCGGUGAGGGAGAGGAAGGCGAUGGUGGUGGAAUCGGGAGCGACGACGAUGAGGGAGAGCAUCAUUUCCAGGACGGUGUCGCUGGAGAAAUUCGAGUGCGGUUCGUGGGCUUCGUCGGCGGUUGUCAAUGACAAUGACGCAGGAGACUCGACGCGGUUUUACUACGAUUUGCCGAUGGAGCUGAUCAAGACCGGCGGGAGCGAGACUAAUUCGCCGGUGGCGUCGGCGUUUGUGUUUGAGAAGGAGCGUAGAGGGGUGUUGAGGAGCUGCUCGACGGCGAGGGCCGCGGCGGCAGCAGCGGCGCACAGGAAGUCUCACGAGUCGUCAUUCAGGCACGUGAGGUUCUCUUCGUCGUCUUCGGGUUCGAAUCCUUCAUCUCCGGCUGCGUGCAUUACGCCGCGGUUGAGGAAGGCGAGGGAGGAAUUCAACGCCUUCCUGGAAGCGGAAGCCAGGAGCGCCUGAAUGAAUUCACAGUCAAUUACUCUGGUCUUGGUUGAAUGCUAUCUUUCUCUCUUUUCGGUUGACAUUUAGUUAUGGGCUUUUUGAAUGUCAAAAGUGAUGGGCUUUAAUGCUGUAAGGAAGGGGCCGAGAAGGUAGUGGAUAUGGGCUUCGCUAGGCCUUUAGCAGGGCGAUCAGUCCAAACAAUUUCAUCUACAC